CGUGUGAUGUGCGACUUGUGCUGAUUCAAUAAGAUUCCGAUUACAGUAAAAGUGAAUUAAAAAUGAAAAAUCUAAAACUAGUGCAGAAAGUGAACUACCAACUGAAGAACGUUGUCGGUAUCAAGAGAGUUUUCAGGGACGCCAAUUCCUCCGACUCGGACCUCCUCCUCCAAACCGAAACGGAAAUCCACUCUUACAACUGUGACAAUGACUCCUCGAAAACUAUUCUCUCGAAUCCUGCAAAGAUCAUCGAUUGGGAGUAUUUGGCACUGAACAAUGAAAUCUGCAUAGCCCGCGAGGAUGGGGAAGUUUUGGUCCUGAACUUGUCAACAGACAGGGAGGAGUCAGUAACGUUUUGCGAGGGCGGCAUCGAGCGAAUGUGCUGGAGUCCCGACCAGGAAGUGGUGGUUUUCGUUACAUCCGCGAAACAAGUUGUCGUCAUGAACUGCACCUACGAUCCCAUAGCAGAGUCGUCCCUGCAUGACGACACUUUCGGCGACCAGGAGUUCAUCACCGUAGGCUGGGGCAAGAAGGAGACCCAAUUCCACGGCUCUGAAGGCAAGGCGGCGGCCAAGAAGAAAUCCGACUUCGUGACGCCAGAGGAUUUGUCCGCAUUCGCCCAAACUGUGAAUAUUACUUGGCGCGGCGAUGGGGAGUACUUUGCCGUUUCCUUCCUCGCUGACUACGGAAGGACGUUCAAAGUUUACAAUAAGGAAGGCCAGCUCCAGUUUACAGCCGAGAAGCUGAAUAAUUUGGGUGAGACAAUCGCAUGGAGACCGUCUGGCAAUUGGAUCGCGGUCCCGCAUUUAUUCCCCAAUAAGUACACGAUUGGAUUGUUUGAGAAAAACGGCCUGCGCCAUCGCGAGAUCGUCUUGCCCUUCAAGUUCGAAGACGAGCCCGUGGUGAAUCUUUGCUGGAGCGGUGAUUCCGACAUCCUCGCUGUGGCGACCGUGAAGGAAGGGAAGACGAAUUUGUACUUGUAUACGAUCGGAAACUAUCACUGGUAUUUGAAGCAGGCUCUGAACUUCAAGGAGAAGGUUUCCAUGGUGCAGUGGGACACGGGGUUCAACGAUACCAAGACGAUGCAUGUUGUUACGGAGAGCGGAACUUACGUGAAGUACAGGUGGACCUUCGAAGUAUGCAACUCUAUUGGCAACAAGAUGUCAAACUUAUGCAUUGUAGGAGUCAUUGAUGGCAAACAAGUCCUCCUGACCGAUUUUCGAAACAACGUUAUUCCACCACCAAUGUCAAAAUGUUCCUUGGAAACAGCCACCUACAUAAACUCUGUGGGUUUCAUCAACGACCCCGAAAAUCCACAGAAGCUAUUCAUCGUCACAUCUGAAGGAAAAUUCUUGACAUAUUCAGUAGAAACACAGCAAAGCAACGUACGGUCAGGACUCCGAAUGAUGGGCGUAAAUCUUGUGAAAGAAUAUCAAAUUUUAGAUGAAACAAUGUCACAACUUCCCCUGAAUUACAGCCACUGGAUUUGGCUCAAUGAAGGGCAAGUUGUGUUCUGCGAGAACAGACCAAAUGGAGCCACGAUUUUUCUUUACGACUUGAUUACUGGAGAAAAGACUAGCAAAGAUGUUAAUGAUAAAAUUGUAGCGGCCAGUCCGACAUCUGCAAGCUCGUUUCUUGUAAACUUCACGGACGGUCGCUUGGUGACAAUCAACGUAAAAGACCAGGAGCUGAUGGAGCCUGAAUGGUUCACCAACAUACCCGAACCCUGCGAACAUUUGCAGGCAGUUGCUGUAAACUCUUCCAUUAAGUGUUUCGCGCUCAAGGAUAAUCAGAAUCUCUAUUUGAAUAAUGCAAAACUCGCAACGGGCGUGACCUCAUUUUUCAUUGGUGAACACUAUUUCGCCUACACGCAACUUACUUCCUUGAAAUUCAUGAAAUUUGACAAGUUCAACGAUCCAUCUGUCGUUAGCGAGCGACGAAUAGAACGAGGUGGAAAGUUAGUUACGAUUGUUCCUAAAGAUUCAGUCACGGUCCUUCAAAUGCCCCGAGGAAAUCUGGAAGCCAUUCAACCUCGUGUGUUAUCGCUACAAAUUAUCGGGGAGCUUCUCGAUGCGACCGACUACGAAAAGGCAAUGCUCAUGCUCAGAAAGCAGCGAAUUAGUUUGAAUAUAAUUUUCGAUCACAAUCCUAACGUUUUCAUUGCGAACAUAGAGACGUUUUUGACGCAAAUAUCUAAUCCUCAAUGGUUGAAUCUAUUCCUCACGGAACUGGAAAAUGAGGACUACACGCAGACAAAAUACGCCAGUAAUUACGAGCAGGGCAACAUGGUAUACCCCGAGGGUUUCAAGAUCGAAAACAAGGUCACAUACGUUUGUGACUACAUGUGCAAAGUUAUGAAGAGUAUGAAGGACGAUAAAUUCAUUCAACCGAUCAUAACUUGCUACGUGAAAAAGGGUGAGCUGGAAAAUGCUUUAGAUCUAAUUUGGAGUCUGAAAAAGGAUGAGGUAAGCAAUUCAGGAGAGAAACAAAACCGGUCUAAGUCCGACGAUGCUCUCCGCUACCUUCUCUACAUGGCUGACGUGAACGAACUCUAUAACGUUGCGCUGGGCAUGUACAACUUCCGUUUGGUGCUUCUCGUUGCAGACAAGUCACAAAAGGAUCCCAAAGAGUACAUCCAAUUCUUGCGAGACUUGAAUAAGUUAGAAGAGAACUACAGAAAGUUUAGAAUCGAUGACUAUCUUAAAAGGUACGAGAAGGCCUUCAAAAAUAUCGCAAACUGCGGCAAGGACCACUUCAACGAAUGCCUGGCCUAUGUCGAAAAGCACAACUUAUACACAGUCGCGCUUGAAAGAUUUGAAAAUGACGACCAAGAAUGUUAUAAGAGCAUUGCUCUAUCAUUUGCUGAUCACUUGAGAACGGCAGGAAAAAUAGAAAACGCGAGUAUCAUGUACGAGCGCGCUGGCGACCUGAAACAGGCGAUUACAAGUGCGAAACAUAUUUUGGAUGUGGAUCGGUGUUUGAUGAUAGCUAAGCAAGCUGGCUAUGAUAAAGAAGAAAUGAGGAAUGUAGCUCUCUCCCUGGUACCAGGCCUACAAGCAAAUUCCAGGCACGGGGAUGCUUUUAAUCUAUUAAAAGAGUUCGGUGAGAAGUUCGAAGAGGCACUGAAUGUGCUGCUAGAGGGUCGACUAUAUUUGCGGGCGAUAUUUGAAGCCAGAAUGAACGACAGCGAACUGAUUGAGUCACAAGUUAAACCUCAUCUGGAGUCCUACGCAUCCAUUUUACGUUCAACCAUCGAAUCAGACAAAGAAACGUUUCUGAAACACACCAACAGACUUAAAACCGUGCGCAUGGAGAAGGCAAAGAAAUUAACAGACGAAGACUAUGUCGACGAAGGUGACUUAAUUUCGGAAACGACCAGUGUGGCUUCAAGAUACACAGGAACAUCUCGUUCAACUGGGAAAACCUUCCGCUCAAGCAAAAACCGCAGGAAGCACGAACGCAAACUACUGAAUCUGAAAGAAGGCGGCAAGUUUGAAGAUAUUGCCCUUAUCGAUGCCCUCUAUAAACAGAUUCAGCACAUUUUCGAGCAACAACAGCAGAUUCAUAACAUUUGCAAAGCUUUAAUAGAAGUUAGACUUGAUGGGCAAGGACGAACAAUCCAGGCGUUGUAUCGUGAUUUAUUGACUACUGUGAAGGAUAAGAUGAGUGAAAUUUGGAUAGAGGAAAUGAUGAGCACACAACAAACUAUGUUUGGUCCGAACGUGGAUUAUGCGCAAGUUCAGAAUGAUCAACAUUAUGCCAUGAUUCCUCCACACCAGAGGUUCCAGCCACAACUGAAUAUUAUCGAAUGGGAGCAUGCAAUUUUGAAGUAGAUCAGCAAAAGUGUAAAUGCGGAACAUUAUUUUUUAGCAUUAAUAAAAGAACUUUAAUAAA